AUGCCAGCUUUGGGGCUUGGUGAGGAACCGAUCCCUUUGUGGUGGACCUCCGACUUCAUCAACUCCUCCCCCGAGGGCACAGAUCCCAAGGAUGAGAAGUGGAUCGUCGGUGAGUUCAACUGCUCCUGCGUCGGCGUCUCCAAGUGCCUGCCGGCUUACUGCAAGGAGGACACCCCGAACGCCUGCUACAACGACAUCCCCAAGAAGGACAUGAUGGAGGUGAAGAGAGUAGGAGACCUCAUCGGCAAGAAGGGCAUGGAGGUCCUCGUCUCCGCGGCCAAAAAGAGGUCGAAGCCCGCCGAAGCCGGGCAGUCCUUCUCCGAUGGCCCCAUUGACGUUUCCGCGCUGAAGAAGGUCGUCAAGGACGACUUGGGCCUGCUGCCACAGCCGAAGCAGCCGAGGUACAACACAUGCCUCGCGGGCAUCUACGUGCGCAGCCAGCCGGGUGGCGGCACUGACAAGAGCGCCAACGGCCACCGCUACGACAGCAUGGCCUUCGCCAAUGGCAUCAUUCAGGCGGGCAUGAGCUGCCAGUUGAUCAACUACGUGCACGAGGAGCAUGACAAGUUCUUCGAUGUUGUCAAGAACUUCGAUGCCAUCAUUGUCCGCUGCAACCCAGGACAGAUCAAGGCCGACGGAGGAGACCAGGGCAAGUUUGACAACGGCAUGCGCGAGAUGCGCAAGAAGGGGAUCCAGGUGUGGCCGGCCCCGGACGUCAUGGAGUUCAUGGGUGCCAAGGAUGCACUGUGCAAGAUCGCGAGCUUGAACAUUGGGCUCGAGGAUACGCUUGCCUACUACGACCCAGCGAUCUUUGCUGCCGGUUUCAAGAAGACCAUGGCUUUCCAGCCGCGCGUCAUCAAGCAGAAUCGCGGGUCCUCGGGAGAAGGCAUCUGGAUCAUCAAGCUCAAGAGUGGCAAUUACUGCAAGACCUACGGCGAGCGUUCGUGCGAAGACAGCGAAGUCCUGGAUCUGAUGGAGGCCAACGACAACCAUUCGGAAGAGCACACCGUGGCAGAAUUCAUCGAGUUCUGUGUGAGCGGCCGCACUGCGAAGUCGGGCGAGUGGACCUCAAAGGGCGUGGGCAAGUACCUCGAGGGAGGGAAAGAGGCCGGUGGCCAGCUUGUCGAUCAACGCUUUUGCCCUCGCAUCGUGGAGGGAGAACUUCGCUACAACAUGGUGGCUGAUACCUUGGUUGGUAUCAUCCACAAGAAGCCAAAGGAGGGUGGCAUCAGUGCCGUCGGUGGCACUGGCUCCGUCUACACCUUCUACGGCCCCAAGGAGAAGAAGUUUGCCAGUUUGACCAAGAGCUUCCUCACCGACGACCUGUCGAAGAUCAUGCCAUGUCUGGGAUUGGAAAGCGAACCAAUUCCACUCUGGUGGACGUCGGAUUUCAUCAACUCCUCGCCUCCGGGCACGGACGCCAAGGAUGAGAAGUGGAUCGUGGGAGAGUUCAACUGCUCCUGCGUUGGUAUCUCCAAGUGCUUGCCUGCCUGCGUCACGGACGAUGCUCCGAGCGCGUCCUACAGUGACAUUGGCAAGAAGGACAUGACGGAGGUGAAGAAGAUCGGCAGCCUGCUCGGCAGGAAGGCGAUCGGCGUUCUGAACAAGACCACUACCAAGGUGCGCCCCAGCAGGGCCGCAGAGUCCCUGAAGCAGAUCCUGAAGUCCGUGAACCUGGAUGGCAAGGAGGAUUUGGUCACCCAGCUCUUGGCCUGGAAGAAGAGCUGA